UCUACUCUUCGAAUGUAGGCCGCAGCGUAUGAACAACCAACCAGCUUUCAUGUAGCGCGUUCGCUAAUGAAAUAACAACACACACAUAGAUUAUAAUAUACGCAGCACGAACACCUGAAAGACAAACGAUGGCGAACGUGAUGGUAGGCGCUGCUCUGCGCAAAACGCUGGCCGCCCCUGCGAAAACCUUUCUCAAGAAUGGGGCCGCGUUGAUUCACACAAGUGAACAGAAGAAUGCAAAGUGGUCACCCGAUGCCGAAUACAUGCAGCAGUUCCAGGGCCCAGUCAUAUUUAAGGACGAAAUCACCAGCAAGUGGGCCCUUCCACCAUGGAACGCGAAAAUGGCGCCGGUGGAGAAAUCCGUAAAGAACCUGACAUUGAAUUUUGGCCCACAGCAUCCGGCUGCUCAUGGCGUGUUACGUCUUGUACUGGACCUGGAUGGAGAAGUGGUGAAGAAGUCUGACCCACACAUUGGUCUGCUGCACAGAGGCACUGAGAAGCUGAUUGAGUACAAGACAUACACUCAAGCGCUGCCGUAUUUUGACCGGCUGGAUUACGUCUCGAUGAUGUGCAAUGAGCAGUGCUACAGUCUGGCUGUGGAGAAGCUGCUCAACAUUGACGUGCCGAUACGUGCUAAAUACAUUCGCACCUUGUUUGCUGAAAUUACACGAAUUCUCAACCACAUCAUGGCCGUUGGCACGCACGCGCUUGACGUAGGCGCAAUGACACCCUUCUUCUGGCUGUUCGAGGAGCGCGAGAAGAUGAUGGAGUUUUAUGAGCGUGUAUCAGGCGCGCGUAUGCACGCCGCCUACGUACGCCCUGGCGGAGUCUCCCUCGACAUGCCGCUGGGCCUAAUGGACGACAUCUACGAGUUUGCUACAAAGUUCGGCGAGCGAUUGGAUGAGGUCGAAGACGUGCUCACCUCAAAUCGUAUUUGGGUACAGCGCACUGAAGACAUCGGUAUCGUCACUGCAGAAGACGCGAUAAACUACGGUUUCUCCGGUGUAAUGCUACGCGGCUCUGGAAUAAAAUGGGACCUGCGUAAACAACAGCCGUACGACGCGUACGAUUUAGUCGAAUUCGACGUACCAAUCGGUACGAAAGGCGAUUGUUAUGACCGCUACCUAUGCCGUAUAGAAGAAAUGCGCGAGUCACUGCGUAUCAUCGAACAGUGCCUCAACAAAAUGCCCCCCGGCGAAAUCAAAACCGACGACGCCAAGCUAACGCCCCCAUCUCGCGCUGAGAUGAAGACCUCAAUGGAGGCACUCAUCCACCAUUUCAAAUUAUUCACGCAGGGCUAUCAAGUACCACCGGGCGCAACUUACACAGCAAUCGAAGCUCCCAAAGGGGAGUUCGGCGUGUAUCUAGUCUCAGACGGCGGCAGCAAACCAUACCGUUGCAAGAUUAAAGCGCCUGGCUUCGCGCAUCUCGCCGCGCUUGAUAAAAUCGGCAAAAACCACAUGUUGGCUGACAUCGUCGCCAUCAUCGGCACGUUGGACGUGGUAUUCGGCGAGAUUGAUCGGUAGAUUAAUCGAAACAAAUAAAAGGAGACACAUAAACAUAAUAUAGAAUUAAAAUAAACGACAGUGCGGCUGCA